AAUGCAUCCUCUCUGGGAUCAUGUCAGUGAAUGGGAAGAAGGUCCUUCACAUGGAUCGGAACUCUUACUAUGGAGGGGAAAGCGCGUCCAUUACACCCCUGGAGGAUCUCUACAAAAGGUUUAAUCUACCAGGAACUCCACCAGAAUCUAUGGGGCGAGGAAGAGACUGGAACGUGGACCUAAUUCCAAAAUUCCUUAUGGCUAAUGGUCAGUUGGUAAAGAUGCUGCUCUACACAGAAGUCACUCGCUACUUGGACUUCAAGGUGAUCGAAGGGAGCUUUGUCUACAAGGGAGGAAAGAUCUACAAAGUUCCUUCCACUGAGGCAGAAGCCCUGGCAUCCAGCUUGAUGGGCUUGUUCGAGAAACGCCGGUUCAGGAAAUUCCUCGUGUACGUGGCCAACUUUGAUGAGAACGACCCAAAAACUUUUGAAGGUGUUGAUCCCAAGAAGACCACCAUGCGUGAUGUCUACAAGAAGUUUGACCUGGGGCAAGAUGUGAUAGACUUCACAGGCCAUGCCCUGGCACUCUACAGGACUGAUGACUAUUUAGAUCAACCCUGCCAAGAAACAAUCAACAGGAUUAAGCUCUACAGCGAGUCACUGGCUAGAUACGGUAAAAGCCCCUACCUGUACCCCCUCUAUGGCCUUGGAGAGCUGCCCCAGGGGUUUGCAAGGCUAAGCGCGAUAUACGGAGGCACCUACAUGCUGAACAAGCCCAUCGAGGAGAUCGUGAUAGAAAAUGGCAAAGUGGUUGGUGUGAAGUCUGAAGGGGAGGUCGCUCGCUGCAAACAGCUCAUCUGCGACCCCAGCUACGUCUCUGACCGUGUGACGAAGGUCGGGCAGGUGAUCAGGGUCAUCUGCAUCUUGAGCCACCCCAUCAAGAACACAAACGAUGCCAACUCCUGCCAGAUCAUCAUUCCACAGAAUCAGGUCAACCGGAAAUCAGAUAUCUACGUCUGCAUGAUCUCCUCUGCACACAACGUGGCAGCCCAGGGGAAGUACAUCGCCAUCGCCAGCACCACCGUGGAAACCGCCGACCCAGAGAAGGAGAUCAAGCCAGCCCUGGACCUCCUGGAGCCCAUCGAGCAGAAGUUCGUCAGCAUCAGUGACUUGUUCGCCCCGACCGACUUGGGCACCGAGAGCCAGAUCUUCAUCUCCCGCACCUACGACGCCACCACCCACUUCGAGACGACGUGUGAUGACAUCAAAGACAUUUACAAGAGGAUGAUGGGAUCAGAGUUUGACUUCGAGGAGAUGAAACGCAAGAAGAACGACAUCUACGGGGAGGAGGAGCAGCAGUAAAUGAGCAUCUCUUUAAUUAGGAGAAAUUAAAAAAAAAAAAAUCGGCUAAUAUGAAUAUAUAAGGAACUUAAUGAACACUGUAUGAAAUUCAAUAUUGUAAGGCCUGCUUUUUGUAAUCCCAUCUCUGAGAGAUUGAAGAGUUACUGCACUGGUCAUGUUCCCCUUUUUUGGAUAUUAUCAUGUGUUAAUGAUUUCAUUCUAGUAGGGUUGCUGUCCAGAAUCUGGCAAAUUACUGACUCUGAUCUAAGGACUAACCUGGAAGGCAGACUUGAACCUUGGCUUUUUAUUU